AUGGCCAGUGAUCCCUCUUUGCAAGACCCUCUGCUGGCCCUUCGCCGGGCCAUCGCAGCUGGCAGUCUUCCCACGCCGACCACCUCCGAUGAGCUCUCAGACCAGAAUGCCACCGACGACCUGGCCAAAGCCACCCAUCUCUACUUCACCACCCCACAGCUACAGACAAUUCCCCUGACGGCGCCGACCCGCUUCGUCUCCAGCUCCUCUAACUCCGCCGUCGACCUGCGCAGUAUCUUGUUCGCCUGGCAAAAGAAGGAUGUCGCAAUUCCCGAGUACAUCGCCUCCGCACAAGAAUUGAACGAGUCGCUGAAGCAGAAAGAGCGCAAGGAAGGCGAGGAGGAAGAAAAGGUGCAGAAUCUCAUUUUCGUCGAACGGUUGGAUCUCAUCACCUGGCUGGAAGGCGCCUCCGACGAGAGUGAAUACAUCAAACCCUUGGAGGGUGCCGCUGCGGCGGCUGCUUCUGCAGCAGCUCAGGCUCAAGCCUCGGCGAAUAUCGCUUCUGGUGCUACCGGUGGCGUCUCUACUGUUGCCAGCGGUGCACCCGGAGCCGGCGCGCCUCCUGCGGGGGCUCAGCAAGCAAAGGCCUCCAAGGUCGUCGACCCCAGAUUGCAGGAGAUUUACAAUGGAGAGCGGAAGCUGGGUGAUCGCAACAGUGUGUUGCGAGGGAUAAAGCCUACGGAUUUCUCCCAUGUCCGCAAAACCGCAGAGACCUUCCUCGGUCGUAACCGCUCGCGAACCGGACAAUAUCCUCCCGGCACCAAACCCGGAAGCAAACCACAGUCCAUGGUGCCCGCGCCGUCGGCCGGGCUCUCGCAACCCCGAAAAGGCAGCUCCAAGACGCAGGACCCCAUCAUCCUUCUCUCCCCGUCGGCGUCGUCGCUCAUCCGCAUGUCCAACGUCCGGUCAUUUCUUCAGGACGGUGUCUUUGUACCUCCGGACCAUCCCACGCUCUCCAUGCCCAGCUCCAAUAUCCUGUACAUCUCGCGCCCGCUGCGCAUGAAUGCCGAUCCGUCCAGUUCCUCUUCUCGCGCCGUGGGCUCGCACGGCUCAAGAAAGCCAACCCGCUUCAUUCUGGUCGACAGUACUGCCAACUUCCGACCGGACUAUUGGAACCGGCUCGUGGCGGUCUUCACUACCGGUCAAACCUGGCAAUUCAAGUCGUACAAGUGGUCGUCGCCGCCCGAGCUGUUCAAGCACGCUACUGGUGUCUACGUUGGAUGGCGCGGUGAGGAUGUUCCGCGGGAAGUCCGCGGCUGGGGGCGCGGUGUCCAAAGCUUUUCGGUUGAGCGAUGGGACGAGAAGGGUGGUUCGCAUGGGGCUGGACGUUGGCGGGAUCGCGAGGUUGUCGAGGGUAUAUGGAGUGCGAUUGAAGAAGGGAUGAAACUACGUGGAUGGGGAUCCAAAUGA